AUGUCUUCAUUCAAUCCUUUAGCUACUAUUUUGAGUCAAAAACCAAUGGAUGGUACAAACUACAAACAAUGGAAAACAAAUCUGGAUAUUGAUCUUCAAUAUGUAAAGCUCAAUUUUGUUCUGACCACCCCUAUACCGGCGCAGCCUGCUGAAGAUGCGCCUGAGGCAACAAAGGCCCAAUUUCAGCAGGAGAAGGAGAAAUGGGAGAAGGCAAAUGUGGCAGUUCGCUGUUACAUUUUAGCCAGUCUUGCCAAUCACCUUCAGGAGCAGGUAAACAUGGUUGAGAGUGGAGCAGCUAUGCUCCAGACUCUUGAUGGCAUGUUUGCUACAUCCAGCAGCUCUGCUAGGUAG